AUGUAUAUUGAGAGUUCGAUCAACGACAAAUACAUUCGUACAUUGAAUUUUGGGUGUUUCCCUAAAAAUGUAUUGGAAUUCCAACAAUCACAAGAUUAUUUCCAACAGUUAAUAUUCAUUGAUUAUCAAUUGCAAUUAUUAAUUGAUAAUGAAUUUUUUCAAAAUGAAUUAUUACCCAUUUCAUUAUUAUCUGAGAAUAAUGUAUCAGCUAAUGAAAAAUUACAACAAUUAAUCAAUUAUUCAAAUUCAAUAAGUUUAAAUUAUGAAAAUACACCAAAGAGUUACGAUGAGAAAUUGUACUAUGCUACAUUAAUGUCUCAUUUAUAUUAUUUACAAGAUAACUUUUUUGAAAUGAGUAAAUAUUUGAAUUUGGUUAAAGUUUCUUAUCAAGCCAGAUCUAAUAAUCAAAUCGAAACAGCAUCUUCAGCUUCAUCUGUUAGUUUAAACCAAAUAGAAUUCAUUGAAUAUCUUACAACCAGAUAUUACGUUUUAUUUGGAUUAAGUGCGGGGAACAAUGGAGUGAACGUUUGGUUAGAGUAUUUGCAAAAUUUUAAAUCCCCAUAUAAUAAGUCUCAAGUAAUCGCUAAUCAUUGGCUAGAUUUGUUAUUUGGUAAAUUAACUUUUGAAUUAUCUCAACGAGGCACUAUCCCAUUUUCGUUUAUCAAUCACGUGAAAAAUUUGUCAUUGUCGAAAAAUAAAUUGGUCUUAAUUGCAUUUUCAAAUUAUUUAUUACGUCCAGAGAAUAGCAAUAUAAUCAACCCUUCUUUCAAACAGGACUAUACGGUAUUUUUGACUACAGAAAUUGAAGAAAGUAUUUUAGUUAAAAGUCAAUUUCCUAAUGCAAACACUGCUAAUACCGAUGAAUCACAAGAUGUCAAUAAUUUUAUCAAUAAUCUUUACGAAUCAUUGAGUUAUGUACCAUUUAACUUAUCUAUUUUGAAGCCAUCCCUUUCAAAACGUUAUCUUUUAAAUGCCACCUUAAAGACUUUCCAAAGCAAGGUUAUUUUAUCAAACUUGAUCUAUACAUUAAUUGAUUUAAAUGAAUACGAUGAAGCUUUAGCAGUAUUUACCACAUAUAUCGAUUAUUUGGAAAAAGACGAGGAAUUAAAGGAUGGGUACAUUGACGAUAUAUUAUCGAUAAUUGAUACAUUUAGUACUUGUAUUAUCCAUUUCAACCCAUUGAAAAGUUUCAAAUCUGGUAACAAAUUUAAACAUAAUGAUGAUUCGUCAGUUUGUCAACAUUUGAAGAAAUUUGUCACAUUAUUGCAAAAAUAUUUGCUUGAACUUCAAAAAUUGAUAGAUUUAACAUAUGAUGAAGAGGAAGAUGAAAGUGAUAAAGUUACCACUGCUGCAGGUGACAAAAUCCCAUUGUCAUUCCUUUAUCGUAAAUACAACUUGAACAUUUUGCAAUCAGAUAACACCCAGUUUAUUGAAUUGAUUUCAAAAGCUUGGCAUGCAACUGGUUAUUAUUACUAUUACUUGUCGUCAUAUGAAUCGUCAAACCAAAUUAUUUUACAAAAUAAUAUCUCAUUGGUUUUGAAAUCUUACAAGAAUUGUUUGAUUGUUAAUUCGACAGGUAAUGUACUUUAUUUGUUUAGUUAUGCCUUAGCAUUAGCCAAUUCCGGCUCGUUGAAACCAGCAUUAAAAUUGUGUAAGUUUAUUUUGAAAAAAUUCCCAGAAUCGUUCAAGACGUGGAAUUUGUUGGUAUUAUUGUUGUCUAGUUUUGAUAAUGACAACAGUGAUGUCACUAAACCCAUUGCAAAUCAUACUAGUAUGAAUAUUUUACCCGAUGAAUUAACCAACGGCAAUGCUAAUGCUCAUGGUGGUGACGGUUUAACAGCAAAUGGGGGCAAUGACACCAAAUCCAAAUUGAGAGAACCGGAGAAAUUUAUCAACAAGGCAUUGAAUAUUGCUGGGUUAUAUACUUUGAAGCAUCGUCAACGCAAUAUUAAAUUGACAGUUGAAACCAAAUAUGAAAUUUUACAAUUAAAAUUAACUCAGUUGGCAGUAUUGGAAUCGAUUCACGGGUCACAAUAUAUGAUUGAUUACUUAUCCGAAGUUUUUGUGUUGUAUCAUGAAUUAUUCGAAGUUAAUUUGAGUAGCAGUAGUAGUAACAAGAAUGCAGCAAAUCAAUCUUCGAGACAAUUUGGAGCUUCAGAUAAAUGGUCCCAUCGUCCAAGUUUUAUUGAUCCUUCCCCUAAUGCGAAAAAGAACAACCCACACCAUAAUAUCAAUGGAAAAGAUGAGUUACAAUUUUUUGAUGCUCCCAAAUUACUGAUUGCUAAUGAUGCUGAUUCAAUUAGUGAUUUGAACAAGAAACAAAGUAGAACUGGAUCAAUUAUUGGUGGUGUUGGUGGCAGCAGAGUUGAAAAAUUGAAAAGACUUUCUACAACUAUUUCGUCAAAAGAAGGACCAAUUAGUAGACGAGGAUCAUUGCUUUAUAAUAGUGUUCAACAGAAAAUCCGUAAAUCUGAUUCCAAAAAUUCAGUGAACAAAUCUUUUGCAGCAGACACUAGUGAAUCACCACAGCAACACCUAGAAGAUGAAAAUUUACAUUUUAAUCAACAAAAAUUACAAACAUAUCCAGAGGAGCAACAAAUUUCAAAACCACUGAAACCAGAAUACAUUAAAGACCCUCCACGUCAUCAACAUGAUAAUUUAAUUGAACGGAAAAUAUUACAACAAGUUUGGUUAUGGACGGCAAGAGUAUUUUUAAAAGUUGGAUUAAUUGAUGAAUGUGAACAAUGUAUUGUUGAAGCAGAAACUAUUUAUGAACCUAAUUUCAAAACCUAUACUGCUUUGGGUUUUUUAACUAGUAAAUCAAGAAAAUUUUUAUCAUUACAAGAAUUUGAACGAUCAUUAGAAAUAUUAACCAAGAAAGAUAAUUCCUUAGCGUCACAUAAUAAAUUCAAUAGUAAAUAUGAUUAUGGAUUAACUUUAUUAGGAUUACUGAAAUUAUUUUUAAUUGAUGAUGAUCCAAAAAAUUCCUUAUUUAUUUCGACAAAAGAUUUGAAUUCAGGUAUAAUUCGAUUGAAAAAUUUAUUAGAAGAUUACUCAUUGACUUGGCCAUAUGGAUAUAAUAAUCCAGAAAUUUGGUUUUAUUUAAGUAAAAUUUACGAAUUUAUUGAUGAUAAAAUAUUAUUGACGAAAAGUUUAUGGAGAUGUAUUGAAUUAGAAGAUAAACGACCAGUUAGGGAAUUUAUAUUUGAUGAACUUUAA